GUUGGGACGCGGGUGAGGUCGCCAGAGGCGGUGCCAGCGGCGCUCGCCGGUCGGCCGUCGGCACCGACGCGUGAGAUGGCGGAGGUGGUGCUGCGAAUUGUGAUCCUCUGGCUGUGCGCGGUUGGAGCCAGUGCGCAGUUCAUCUACAGGCAGGAUCGAUUAGGAACGCUCCGCACAUUCCAAGUAGCGUCCUGCGACGGCGACGAGCUGAGGCUCGAGUGUCCGCCCGACACGACCGUCUCCAUCAACCUGGUGCAGUACGGCCGGCUGGCCUCCAAGCCCGACCUCUGCGGCCAUCCGCGAGACAUGGAGUGGGUCAACAACACCGACUGCAUGGACAGGAAUGCGCUCAAGGUGGUGAUUGCCGAGUGCGGAGGCAAGCAGAGCUGUCGUUUGCAGACGUCGCCCAAAGCGUUCGGCGUCGACCCCUGCCCGGGCAUCAGGAAGUUCGUCGAAGUGCUCUACAAGUGCCAGCCGAGCCUGUUCCGGAGUGAGGUGGUGUGCCAGGGCGAGAGGCGGAAGAUCAGCUGCGACCGGAGCAGGAUCGCCAUCUACUCGGCCAGCUUCGGCGUCACCGAGCACGGCAGCAUACAGUGCCUGCAGGCCCCGGGCGUCAAGAUCACAAACUGCCAGGCGAGCUUCACCUCGGAGAAGAUGAUCAACCAGUGCCAGGGCAGGGAGAGCUGCGAGCUGAACGCAGACCCAGCCUUCUUCAACCGACCCUGCCCGGCCGACCACAACACGUACCUCAAGGUCACCUACACCUGCGUUCCAAAGAAAAUUCUUCGAGAACAGUACGACCAAGAGGAUGAGGAGGCGCGACAGAACGCUACGGAAGUUCCUCCGGCCGACCGUCACUUACCAUCUGGGAAGGACGCACCAAGCACGCCACGCAGCGGCAAAACCGGGCGCGGCCGCGGCGCCCCCCACUACGACGGCGUGCAGGGGGACACCAGCUCCAGGCCAGCGCGGCCGGCCGCGUCGCCGCCGCCGCCGCUGCCGCCGCCGCUGGCCGAGGAAGACUGUAACGAUACAGAGCCGAUGACGGCUGGGCAACGACACGUGAUUGGGUUUAUCACCGAGUGGAUCACGGCCUACCGAUUCGUGUCAGGUCUGUCAGAGUCUAUCUGA